CAGUCGUCUGAGAAAAAGGCUAUCACAUCAAUUAUUGGAUCAGUAUCUUUGCAACAAUAAUGUGGCGUUUAAUAUUUGUUGCCUCGUUGGCGGUUUACUGCAAUUGCAAGGCUGAACAUUCAGUCUUAGCCGACGAUCAAAAAUCUAAUCUUCCAUUCGAAGAAGAGCAUCAAGAGAAUAUGGAAUUAUGGUCGAGAAAGACGCUUGUUUCGGAAUCGAAUUCGAUAGCAUUGCAAGAAAAAAUCCUCAAGGCAGCCUCUAACAUCGGCAAGGCACCAAACAUUGAUGAACUGAUAACGAGAAUGGAAACAUUUUCCCGAAAAUUUCCUUCUGAAUUGCUGAAGGACAAAUCACUCGGGCCCAUGUCGUCCAAAUUCAAAAAAAGUUACGACGUACUACUAAAGCAAACCAGACCGAUCCUUCGUACGGCCAGAAACUUGGAGGAAAUGGGUAAAAAGAAGAGUAAGAAACAGUGGCAUGCAUUUGCGGCAAAGUUAAUGACUCUGAAUAAACAUAUCGAAAGGUUCACUAAAUCCGUGAAUGAUGAAUCCAAGAAACAACGAAAUAGAAAUUUAAAGAUCAUGAACAACAAUCGAAAUGAUGUGACGAUUGUGGAAAAUGCCAAACGAUUCAUUAACAUUGCUGACUCAUUCUCUGCAUGCAUUCAGUGGAUACAAUCAAUUCCAAGCACCAUAAAUUGCUUCAUUUUCGGAAAUUGCGAAGCAAAUAACGAAAACGAGGAAGAUUAUGACGAAGGGAACGGCGAUGAUGAUGGUAGCGACGAUGAUGAUGGUGACGACGAUGAUGAUGGUGAUGACGAUGAUAAUGGUGAUGACGAUGAAGAUGCGUCACCAGAAUCCUCUGAUGAAUAAAUUUUAAUGCAUAUUAAGAAAGGACGCUGAAGGUUUUGCAGCUGGAGUAAAUAGCAUGUACAGUAUGUACUUAAGAAAUGUUCAGCGACUAUAUCAUUUGAUCAAUUAAAAUUACAAUUCACGCCGUAAGUGCGGUCGAAAUUCA